CGAUUUCACAACUCCACCUGUAGUUCAGCUUUCCAUGUCGACGUCACGAGGCUAUCACUACUGCUCGAACAUGUAGUAUAUAAAGUACGGUAGGUAUUGGUGAGGGUAACAUAUCAUUUUCCUUUCAUUCCUUCAAUCCAACUCAAUCCUCGCAUUUCCUUCCGUCCACGCCGUCUACCUUUCCCUUCCAAGUCGACAAGUCUCAACCCUCCCGUUCAAAUUGACCCCUAUCACUCCCUCCUCCCAGCUGUCAAAGACUCUUCUCCCCUACAUCCACCCACCAUGUCCCACCCCCCCGAAUUCCACCUCACCUUCCUCGGCGACGUCAUGCUCGGCCGCCUCAUCGACCAACUCCUCCCGCACCCCCUCCCCCCUUCCCCCUCCACCCUCCCAAUCUCCACUGCCAUCACCCGCUCCCCCUCCCUCACCCCCUACCCCCUCACCGCCCCUUUCUCCACCACCCUCCCCCUCCUCCUCUCCUCUGCCCUCCUCCUGCUCAACCUGGAAACCGCCGCAACCACCCACCCUGUCCCCUGGCCCUCCAAAACCUUCGCCUACCGCACCCACCCCGCCCACAUCGCCGCCCUCGCUGCCGCACACGUCGACUACGCCGGCCUCGCGAACAACCACGUGCUCGAUUUCCGCGAACCAGGGCUGCGCGAGACAAUCGCCGCCGUCGAGGGCACGGGAAUAUCGUAUGCGGGCGCGCGGCAAUCCGUGGAGGAAGAAUGGACGCCGGCGGUGUUGCGGGUGCCGAGAGAAGAGGGGAGUGAGGGAGGGGACGGGCCGUUUUUCGUGCAUGUUUGGGCGGCGACGGACCACCCGAGCGAGUGGGAAGACACGGGGCUGGUGCAUAUGAUCGACUACACGGCCGCCACUCGCGCACGACUCAAAGCGCUGCUCACCGCCCCGCGGGCGGAUGCCCCCCCGCCGGACCUCGUCGUGUUCUCGGUGCAUUGGGGGCCAAAUUACCGGUGGACGCCGGCGGCGGAGGUGCGGGGCCUGGCGCGGUUUCUGAUCGACGAGUGUGGCGUGGACGUGGUGCACGGGCACUCGAGCCACCAUGUACAGGGCGUGAAGGUGUAUAAGCGGAGAUUGGUGCUGUUUGGCUGUGGGGACUUCGUGGAUGAUUAUGCGGUGGAUGGGGGGUGGAGGAAUGAUUUGGGGGCGGUGUGGAGGGUGGUGGUGGAGGGGAGUAAAGAAGAUAAGGGGAGGGAGGGUAGGGGGAAGGGGCUCGUGGUCAAGAAGCUGGAGGUGUUCCCGACGGCGAUUCGGAGGUUCAGGGCGGAGCGGUUGGGGCCGGAGGAGGCGGAUCAUGAGUGGGUGACGGAGAAGAUACGGGGGUUGAGUGGGGAAUUGGGGACGACGGUGGAGGAGGGGACGGGGGAGGAGGGACAGUUGGUGGUGAAUGUAAAUGAGGCAUAG